CCGCCUCUCCGCAGCUGCUCGCUCCCCCAGAGUGCCUCGCGCUGUGAAGAAACCGCUGAGCCUCGAGACGGGCAGAGAGGAACGACAAGAUGGCGGAGUGAGCGAGCGGUGCGGCUGAGAGACAGAGACGAGAGAAACAAAACACACAACCACGGCCGAGGAGGAGCAGACCAACCGCCACUAAACAAAACCGUCGACCCCAGGAGACAGGGGAGGAAGCAGUAUCGCCAGGACAUUACACAAGGCGAUAAUAAACUAGCUGGAUAAGAGUUGCUAGAGAGAGAGAGAGAGAGGUCGAAAAUAUAGAGGAGGAAAAUAUCGUGUGGCUUAACCCCCUUUCCCCCCGAAAAACUCUUACCGAGAAAUCCAUGAUUUUAAAACUUAGCACCUGGAUUUUCAUUUGUAGUCGGUAAACAAAGCGGCUCGCUCUCCCGCUGGCUCGUUUUAUUUUUAUAUUUUCGUUUCCUCUGAAGUACGCGGUCGCUGACAGCUGCACCGGGACUCUAUGUUAUUGUAUUGAAAGACGGAAAAGGGCGGCGGAUUGAGCGCACAAUAGCACCUCUUUUUUCAGCUCCAGCGUUGCCGGCGGUUUUGGGGGACAUGGCGAGCAGUAGCGGCUCGAAAGCCGAGUUCAUCGUCGGUGGGAAGUAUAAACUCGUCCGGAAAAUCGGAUCCGGAUCUUUUGGGGACAUUUACCUGGCCAUCAAUAUCACAAAUGGGGAGGAAGUUGCAGUGAAACUGGAAUCCCAAAAGGCCAGGCAUCCUCAAUUACUGUAUGAAAGCAAACUGUACAAAAUACUUCAGGGCGGCGUCGGAAUUCCUCACAUUCGGUGGUAUGGACAAGAGAAGGAUUACAAUGUUCUAGUCAUGGAUCUUCUGGGGCCCAGUCUGGAGGACCUCUUUAACUUCUGUUCCCGCAGAUUCACAAUGAAAACAGUGCUUAUGCUAGCAGACCAGAUGAUCAGCAGAAUCGAAUAUGUACACACAAAGAACUUCAUCCACAGAGAUAUCAAACCAGACAACUUCUUAAUGGGCAUCGGACGCCACUGUAACAAGUGUUUAGAAUCUCCAGUGGGGAAGAGGAAAAGAAGCUUGGCUGUUAGUUCUUCUCAGGACCCAUCUUUCUCAGGAUUAAACAAGUUGUUUCUUAUUGACUUUGGUUUGGCCAAAAAAUACCGGGACAACAGGACAAGACAGCACAUACCCUACAGAGAAGACAAAAACCUGACUGGUACAGCUCGCUACGCCAGCAUCAACGCACACCUGGGCAUUGAGCAGAGUCGCCGGGAUGACAUGGAGUCUCUAGGAUACGUGCUUAUGUACUUCAACAGAACCAGUCUACCCUGGCAGGGUCUGAAGGCUGCCACAAAGAAACAGAAGUAUGAGAAGAUCAGUGAGAAGAAGAUGUCGACACCUGUCGAGGUUUUGUGUAAGGGUUUCCCAGCAGAGUUUGCAAUGUACCUGAAUUACUGCCGUGGGCUGCGGUUUGAGGAGGCUCCUGACUACAUGUACCUGAGGCAGCUGUUCCGCAUUCUCUUCAGGACCUUGAAUCACCAGUAUGACUACACGUUCGACUGGACCAUGCUGAAGCAGAAAGCGGCCCAGCAAGCCGCUUCCUCAGGGGGGCAGGGGCAGCAGGUAGUAACCCCUACAGGCAAGCAAACUGACAAACCCAAGACUAACAUGAAAGGUUUCUAAGCAUUAAGACGAUGUAACGAAGCACAGCAGAACAGUCGUAGUGGGAUUUACCUUCUAAUCGCUCCCCGGCAUCUAGGAUUUAAUUCACAAGAACCUGCCAGGCAUCGUGGGCAACCAAUUUGUUUCGCUGUAUAAGAACUUUUGUUUCAUAUAUUAUAUGUAAUGGAUAUAUAGAUAUAUUUACACAGUGUGUAUCUAUAUAUGAGUAUAUGUAUAUAUUAUAUACAUUAUACACAGAAAAGAGGUGGCUAUGUAAGGAGCCUUUGAAGCUGUAGCCUUUUUCUAUUGUCCUGUUCCUGAAGACUGGUGUCCUGGUUUCUUUAGUCCCCUCCUCUACCCCCCCCUCUUCAAACUGAAAACUACCAAUGGUUGGCUCACAAAGGAGAACUGUGCGUAUGCCAAUUUUCUUUUUGAUUUCUUAUCUCCGGACUGAUCUGCUUGGAUUCCACCCCUCCCAGUCUCCUCCCCUCUCUCACACACACACACACGCACACACACACAGGGGCACCGUAUGAGCAGUGUGUGUGCACGUCUCCGCUCUCCCUGCAGUUGGAUGUAAUAGUUUUUAAAAGCACCUAUAUAUUUUUUUUUUCUAUUUCCCUCCAGACAAGCCUAUUUUUUGUUUGUUUGUUUUGAAUGGAAAAGUUGUAAAACUUCCAGGAAUGGUUUGCAUCUUCAUUCGAAGUGAAUAGUUUGCAAAUGUAGGGGGGGCAUGGGACCUUUCUUAGUUGUUGUUUUUUUUUUUUUUUUUUAGGGUAAACAAGACUCUGCCUGCUGAUCUGUGCUAGAAAAGAGCGUCUAAUGUGAAGAAUUUAAAGUUAAAUAAAUCAAACAUUCUAGUGACUACUAGGUUUCUCUUAGAGCACUGCAUUAACUAUAAUUGUACUCGGUAUAAAGAAUUGAAAUGGUAUGUUCAUUACAUAUUAGGCUUCUCUUCCUCACUCAACCUGUAUGUAAAAAUCGCUUACACAUAAUUGUACACUUCCAUGAUCUGGGAUAUUUUUUUCUUGGAAACGUAAGAUUUUGUUUAAAUUGUAAAAGUAAACAAACCGUUUCUGUUUAACGAAGAGGUUUAUUUUAUUGCUGUGAUGACAACACUUUAAAAAAAAAAAAAAAAUGUAAAGAGAAUUCUUCCUUCCCAUUCUGGAUUUAAUUUUAUUUUCAUUUUUAUCAGUAAAGAUUCAAGAAUCCUUUAAAUACAAAUUCAGUAUGUUUCCUUUACAGCUUUUUCCUUUUUAGAUUUGUAGAAAUGUGUCUUUGUGGUUCUUUCAAUAAGAUGAUUUUCAUUUUGUAUUUUUGAUUCUCAUUUUGUGAAAGGGUGUUGUGUGUUUUGGUUCUUCCUGCGCUGAAACAGACCCUCAUGUAAAUAUCUCUGGGACUGUGUCUCUGCAGCUGAGAGAAUAGCAAAGCAGCUGUUUGCAAUGGUGGCUUUUUAAAAACAAGAAGAAUUAUUCAAAGAAAGUGUGUUGGAGGGUUUGUGGUCUUUUUUUUCUUUGUUUACUUUUGAAUCUUGUGAAGCAGAAGGAAAUGUGAAUGAACUUCUCACUUUUCCUUUAGCCACACCCAGUGCGCACACCAGUAACUUGUGAGCUGACUGGCUGACUUUCUCCCUCUUACUACUCCUCUGACCCAGCUUCAAGUAUCUUCGUGCUGGACAUACUCAGUGUCAUUUAUUCCCUUUUAGCAUGUCAGAAUAAAUUAAAAUGACUUGUCAGAA